GUAUCCUGCAUACAUAUGCAUGGCGUUCCAGUCGAGAAGUUGAUGGUGUGGGAGAACAACCGGACACAGAUGCGAUGUGAUGUCCUAUUUCCGUUGCCAGGUGACAUUGAGGUGGUGUGGAGGUAUGCUGAGACAGAGACCCAGCUGCUGCAGCUGCUGAAGGAGGUGACGGUGGGCGCGGACCGCCUUUACUCCAUCCCCUCGGCCAGCCCUCAGCACACAGGUACCUACCAGUGUGAGAUCUUCACAGAGGGGCGCUCCAUCGUCCGGCUCUACUUCUACCUCACAGUCAUCCCGCAGUUUGUAAUUGGCCACUCAGAACUGCAGGGUAUAUUUGACCAGACCCUGGUGUCUGGAGGUCAGCAGGCCCAGGCGACCUCUGACCCCGCUGCCACCUCACUGCUGCGCCUGCCGCCCCCCUCCCUUCUCACCGCGUGCCUCAGCAGUCUGCUGCUCCUCCUGCUCUUCUCUCUGGGGGUUCUGUUCUGGAGGUCCUUUCAAAGAGAUUCCAUUCAAGCUCAAGGCUCCAGAUGCAUGCAAGGAGAAAAAUACGUGUUUUUAUAGGCUUUGUCCACUGUAUGUAGCUUCCUUAUAAGAGGACAUAAUAAACCAAAAUGGAAUUUCAGAGUGUAGACCUCCGCCAAGGCCAAUGGUAUGUCAAGGCCAGCAGAUGGCAGCAAGGCCAGCAGAUGUCAAGAAAUGCCCUAUCUUGCAAUGUUAAUUAAUGAAAGAAUGAAUGAAAAAUAAUUCCUGGAGCCUCCCCUUGAACUGGUUCCACUCCCAAAUUCAAUUGGCUCUUCCCUGGCCCAUGAAACAUCCCUCCAGCAAGUUUGAAAAUCAGCCUGGUGGGUUUUUGUGUAAUCGUGUUGACAGACAAACAAACCGAACCGAAAACAUAACCUCCUUGUCCAUGGCGGAAUUAUUGUAGCAGAAUUAUUUGUAAAUGUGUGUGGAGAGUUGAUCCGUUAUCAAUCGGUGAGUGUAUAAUCAGAUUUGUAAAUGUGUGAAACGAUUUUUAAAGGUCUAUUAAGAUGUGUACAUUGAGGUCUAUUAAGAUGUGUACAUGUGAAGACAAAUCUGUAAAUUAGUGCAUAGAUCUGUGAAUGUGUAGACAAAUCUUUAAAUUGAUAUGAAUAAGCUAAGAAAUACAGACAAGUCAUCAACUGCAAAUUCGUGCACUUAAAAAGCACUUAAAGCUUAAUGAAACCAGAUUAUUUUAACACUUUGUAAAAUAAGGUUUAUACUAUAUGGAUAUUCUAGUUUGAGAUACCAACAUAAUUUAGAAUUUAUACCAUGCAGUAUUCACUACAGUACACUGUUUUAAGAUAAUAGAUUAGAGUAGCGUACACCAUGAUAUAAUGUGUGUACUCUGCUUUAGAGAGAUUUAACUGGAAAAAAAC